UCUGCAGAACCCAGAAGACACAUCAACCAACUCCACGUAAACCAACUCCUCUUUGAUCCAAUAUGAACCCAGUUCGGUUCGUGAUAACAUUCUCUACCUUUUCUUUGGCUCACUGUCAUUUAUUUCAGUUCGUCCGACAAGUCCAUGGUCCAAGAUAUGCUCCUGGAAUUCAAUGGGGUGAAUCCCAUCCUGAUCGCUCGGGAUGCUCUGCAUGAACAUGAUACCGAGGUCAGAGUGCACCCGUGUGACUGGAAGGGGGGCUGCAGGAUGCACAUUCCUGUGGAGCUCAAGCAGGUUUCUAAACAUCUCAAGCAACAUCAUGGUAUCAACACCAGUGCCACCAGCGGGGACACGCAAAAAAUUACCUGUCUUUGGACCGGUUGUCUCGAUACCCAUACGAAACCAGGGAAUCUCUCACGUCAUGUCCUGACGCAGCAUCUUGGGGUACGAUGGAUUUGCUCGAAGUGUGGGUCUUCACUCUCGCGGGAGGAUGCUUUUCGACGACAUUCGCUCGAAAGUUUGAGCUGCCAGUCUGCGGAAGUCGUUGUUGACUACGGAGACGAAUCACGGGUGAUUGACCUAGUGUACAUUGAUGGAGGUUGGUCGGCUAGCCAGAACGUCAUAUUGAUAUAGUCCUCGGUGUUACCUUACAGUGACAUCCCUAUUGUUUUGUAUUCCAACCUCGUAUGUAUCUAUAGCUCCUGUCAGUCUCUUACAGUAUACUCCUACUAAGUUGAUCUAACCUAUUUGUACUGGAAAUUAUGUAUUUUUUCCUUGGAUUUCGUUGUGGUGUCGACCAUUAAGUUGUUUGAUUCUCUGCAGAUCAAGGUACUAAAAUUUCAGUGCCAUCCAACCGCCUUCCAAGGCCUGAAUUUGACCCCUACAACUUGAGUCAUUAUGCUUGCUUCUAGAUGGCAGUGCGUCGGAGGGAUAGAAGUUGAUACAAGUCUAACCGAGCAAAUGUCUUUCCACAACUACCGCAUUCCGUUUUGUUGUCCAAAUGAACCACAACGAUGUGCCGUGGUAUGCUCUCCUUCAUUUUCUUCCCGCAGCCCUCCCAUCGGCAUGAAGUCCUAUCUUUGUCGCCGCCAGGUUUUAC